AUGCAGAACCCCGGGCCACUGCGAGUCUUGGCUCCGGUGGAAGGCGUGCAUGCCGUUUUCUAUGGCAGGGACGAUCGUUUGCAGCUUUUGAGUGGGAGGCCCGGCCCCUCUGAGAACCUCCUGGAGCAGUUCCACAUUGGUGCCACGUUGACCGGGUCGGCGCAGGCAGACUACCGCUCAACCAUGGAGCAAUUUGGAAACUGGUUGGAGCCGCGCCGGCAGGGGCCUCUUCUGUGUCGCGCCCGUGAUUUCGGCUGCACCAAACGGGUGCCCAACUGCCCUCCUCCUGCAGAGAGUGUCAUGUGGAUAGACAAGAGGCGGGAUUUGCCAGAGCAUGCCGCGAUUGACGUCGUGAGCCUGGAAACCCGUACCGGGAGGCAGAACAUCAACGAAUAUUUGGAGAAAUGGCCUGGGCCUGAGCUUGCUGUCAGCAUUGGGAAAUGCGAGAGAAGCUUGAAUGUCAUGUGGCCCAGACCGCUUCCGACGCUUGUGCAGCACGAGAUUUCCCGGCUCGAGCGCGCCCACCCACGGCGAGUGAAAGAUUCUACAACAGCCUUGAACAAGUUGGCCGGCCCCGGCGGCGUGCCUCGGGACGGUGUGGAAGUAGAAGUCGUGCCAUCUGCUUCUCGCUUCUCGCUUCCGGCCGUGCGGGACUAUGAGGGGCGCAAGGCUGUCCACUUGACCAUCGAAGGUGCUGCCUCCCUCUCUGCAGGGGAGGGACCCGAGGAGCUCAAGAAGCUUUUGAAGGAGGGCUCUGCAGAGUUCGCGGAAGGCCUCCGCCUCGGCAAGCAACCGUACAUGGGCCCUGCGGCCCAGGCUCCUGUGAAGGCUGUAGCGGCGAGCUUCACCUUCAUCGAGCUCUUUGCUGGCGUUGGAGGUUUCCGGCACGGGUUGGAACCCCUGGGUGGCCAAUGUGUCUUUGCAUCAGAAAUCGAUGUGGAUUGCCAAGAAGCCUAUGCAGCAAAUUUCGGGUCAAAUGAGCUUUUCGGCGACAUCACAAUGAUACCUUCUGAGGACAUGCCCAGGCAUGACCUUCUGACAGCAGGUUUCCCUUGUCAGCCAUUCAGCCGUCGCGGCGAGCGGCGUGGAUUCGAAGAUGCACGUGGAGAGCUUUUUUUCGAGAUCGUGCGUGUCCUGGAUGCGUGUCGACCCAGGGCUUUCUUGCUGGAAAACGUGUGGAACAUGCAGUUCCUCGACGGUGGGCACUGGGAUGCAGAUCCAACGAAGUGCCGCAAUGGCGAGGUGUAUACCCGGGUUAUCCGAUGCUUGGAGGAAGUCGGCUACACGGUCCAGACGGCACAGCUGAAUUCCGAGGGCUGGGUACCGCAGAAACGCGCCCGUCUUUACUUCGUGGGGAUCAGGAGCGACGAGAGGGACGCCUUUGCCCGUUUCUGCUGGCCGACUGGCCCUUGGGAGCGCAAGCUACAGGACGUGCUGGAGCCCGAGGGAAGCCCGGAGGUGAUCCGAAGCGAGCUCACUGAGUCCCAGUGGACGGCAGUGCAGAAGAGCUCCACUUGGGCGCGUGGUGGCGACAGCCUGCGCUUCGCAAAGCUCGAUGGUGCGGUGGGAACUCUGACAGCCAGCUACAAGUCUUCCUAUGCCUGCACUGCCGAGCUCCUGGCCCCGGUGGAUGCGAAACUCUCCCGGCCGCGCUUCUUCACCAGGCGAGAGUUCGCGCGCUUGAUGGGCUUUCCGGAGCACCAUGUCUUUGCCAACCCGCAUAGUGAAAACCGAGCAUACCACCAACUUGGAAAUGCGGUCUGCCCGCCGGUCAUCACUGCGAUCGCACGUGGUUUGCUGCAGGCGCUGGGUGUGUGCCACUCCUUGCCUGACUCUGCGGGCGAGUACUACCAGCAAGUGGUGACCGAGAUUGCAAAGCAACUGCCUGGAGUGGAUGCGUCGCUGGAGCGUGGAUACACAGGACCCAUGCUGCCGCCGGUGGCCCCGCCACCUGUGGUCCCGCCCGUGGUGCCGCCGGUCGCCGCAUCUCCAGUAGCCCCGCUGGCCCCACCGAAGAAUCUCGACGGCGUGGCUCCAGGAUCCUCCAGGAGCCGCGAAUGGUCACCGAGGGAUCCGCGGGCCGAAGAGCGGAUGGAGGAGCUGCACCGCUACAUCCGCAACCAGGCGAACGACUUCGCGGAGGGGAAGGCAGAAUGGCGCAUGGUUCAAGCUGCCAUGUUGGCUGCCGAUGCUGCCGCCCUCCUGCCAAAGGCACAGGCCUUCAUGACCCAAAUGCAGGCAGAAAAUGUGGAGCUGAAGAAAGAGAUAAAGCGCUUCAAGACCUUGAACGCCGUGUUGCAGCAGGCCAUCGAGAGCCAGCUGCAAGGUUUUCCGGGUCUCCAGUUUUCCGGUGGCGCAGCUGCGCCGACAACACGGCUGGCUCAGGCCUGUGGGGCUCUCAAAACGAGAGCCCAAGAGCUGGAGGCUGAGAUUGCGAAGAAGCGCGAGCAGAAGCUGCAGAUGCAGAGCGAGUUGGAGAGGAAGAAGGCCAAGCUGCAAGCUGCCAUGUCAACCACACCUGCCAAGUCGAACAGCAGUCCACCCCAGCUGACGCCGGCAUCUGGGACCGGCACUGUCCCGAGCAACAUUAGUCAUCUCAGUCGCAGAGAAGCAGCGCUUCUUCUGCAGCAGGAUGCCUUCCGGAAGAGAUUCCUGUUGAGACGCGACUUCAAAGGGCCCAGUGCCUGA